GGCCUCCUAUAAAUGCCUCACCACUCGGCUAUGCUUUUCCAGACUCAUCAAAAGCAAUAACCAUGGCGAUACUCAAAACUUUUUUCCUUUCCACUCUUCUCCUCGCCUCAAUCUCCUUCUCUCUUGCUUAUCAUCAUGAGGAUCCUUCCCAGCAGUUGGAGCAAUGCCAGCGGCGAUGCCGGGAGGAGAUGCCGCGCGGACUUCAACAGCAGCAGUGCCAGCAAGAAUGCAGAGAGCGGAUGCAGCAGCAGGGAGGCCGCGGUGGCGGUAGCAGAACCCCGUUCUCUCGUGAUCCUGAGCAGAAGUUUGAGCAGUGCGUGGAGAGUUGCCAGUCGAGGCAACACGGCCAGCAACAGCAGCAGCAAUGCCGCCAACAAUGCGGUCAACAAAUGAGCCAGCACGAGCGCCAACAAAUGUGCCAAAGACGUUGUCAGAUGCAAGACAGUGGUCAGCAACAGUGCCAAAGAAGGUGCAUGCAGCAGCUCGAGCAAGGAGAACUAGACAUUAAUACAUCAAGAGAUCCCGAACAAAAACUUGAGCAAUGCCAACAGAGUUGCCAAUCGAGGCAACAAGGCCAACAACAGCACCAGCAGUGCCGUCAACAAUGCGCACAGCAAUUGAGCCAGCGAGAGCGUCAACAAAUCUGCCAAAGACGUUGUCAGAUGCAAGACAGUGGUCAGCAACAGUGCCAAAAAAGGUGCAUGCAGCAGCUCGAGCAAGGAGAACUAGACAUUAACACAUCAAGAGAUCCCGAACAAAAACUUGAGCAGUGCCAACAGGGUUGCCAAUCAAGGCAACAGGGCCAACAAGAGCAGCAGCAGCAGUGCCGUCAGCAAUGUGCACAGCAAUUGAGCCAGCGAGAGCGUCAACAAAUCUGUGAGCAACGCUGCCAGAGGCAACAACGUGGGGAUCAACAACAGAAACAACAGUGCCAAAGAAGGUGCCAGCAACAACUUGAGCAGGGUCAACAGGGUGAGGACCAGAACUACCGACGAGAAAGGGAGGACCAGCAAAUUCGGGGUCAGAGCCAAAUGAACAACCCUUACUACUUCCCCUCGGACAUGUUUCAGCAAAAAUUCAGGUCUCAAGAAGGUGGGAUGUAUGUUCUUGAGAGGUUCACCGAGAAUGAAAAUAAGCUUCUUCGCGGCAUUAGGAACUACCGAUUAGCCAUCAUCGAGGCCAAGCCCAACACUUUCGUCCUCCCACACCAUUGUGAUGCUGAAUCUAUUUUCGUUGUUAUCAAUGGACGUUGCACCUGUACAAUGUUGAUGCAAGACAACAAAGAGUCGUUCAACAUGGAAAUGGGUGAUGUCCUCAGAGUUCCUGCAGGGGCUAUCGUCUACCUUGUUAACAACAACAAUGAUCAGACUCUAAGAAUUGCAAAGCUCAAGCAGCCAGUCAACACUCCUGGACGAUUUGAGGAGUUCUUCCCUGCAAGUUCUCAAGACCUAGACUCAUACUUCAACGUUUUCAGCGAUGACAUUCUUGAAUCAGCCUUCAAUACCCCAAGCGAUCAGCUACAGAGGGUGUUUGGACAACAACAGCAGAAGAGGCAAGGCAUGGUGAUGAGGGCAUCACCACAACAACUCCAGGCAUUGAGUCAGCACGCUUCUUCGCCCAGGAGCAAAGGCCGUCAGUCUGGCAAGGGUCCAUUCAAUCUUCGAAACCAAAAGCCCAUCCAGGCCAACAAGUUCGGCAAAUUAUUCGAAGCUCGCCCUGAGAAGUUCGAUCAGCUCCAGGACAUGGAUGUCUCAGUCACUUGCGUUGAAGUCAACAAUGAAGCUAUGAUGCUGCCACACUACAAUUCUAAAGCAAUAUUCGUGGUGCUGGUUGUGGAAGGAAGCGGACGGGUCGAGAUGGCAUGCCCACACAUGGCAAGCCAGAGCCAAAUGGGUGAGGAAGAAGUAGAACAACAUGGAGAACAGAUGAAGGUCACAGCUGAUGUAUCAGAGGGUGAUGUUUUCGUUAUCCCAGCAGGUCAUCCCAUUGCCAUAGUUGCCCAAAACCAACAAUUGAAAAUGUUGGGAUUUGGAAUCAAUGCCCAAAACAACAAGAGGAACUUCAUUGCAGGGAGAGAGGCUAACCCGAUUAGGGAGAUGGAGAGAGAGGCUAAGCAACUGACCUUCGGGCAAGAGAUGGAGCAGAUCAUCAACAGGCAGAGGGAAUCUUAUUUCGCCCCGACAGGGCAGAGCCAGCAGCAGAGAGGAGGCAGAGACGAGCCCUUAUCUUCAAUUUUGGCAUUUGCAGGCUUUUAAAUAGAUAUAAGCAGUACUAUAGGGAGAGAGUAAUGUACGCAGCAUGAUGUAAUAAAAUCCAAUUAGUAAUAGUAUGUAAAGCAGCAGCAGUAG